GAGAACCAGUCGCAAUUUCGUAUUUAUUAUAUGAAAGAAAUUUGCGCUAUUGCACAGUUUCCGCAAACGGUACGACCGCAGCCUCCGAACCGGUAAGUGCAGUCUCCUACUGCAAUAGACCUUCCUCCACCUAAUAAAAAUAUUCUUACACCUUAAAAUUUUCUAUUAUAGGGUCCCCUUGGUGUGAACUCUCAUUCUUGAUAACACGGAUACGCAGGUCAGGUAGACAUCAAUAUGAGAUUCUUCUCAGCCGUCUUCCAGCUUCUCGCAAUUGCUGGCUUAUCUCUCUCUUUCGCAAGUGUAAACGCUGCCAACACAACAAGUGAAGAUUCCUGCGAAGAUAUUCAACUACCCAACGUGGAGAGUCUGAAUACUUGCCUUGGUCAAAACAAUACUUCCUGUGAGACGUCACAGGACCUUAUUGAUGAUGUUGGGCCACUAGUUAAGUGCGUGUACGGGACCUUGGCGGACCAUAGCAACAACCCUGGGGAUGCACUGAUUGCAUAUGCUGACAUCAUCUACAAGCUCAUGAAUGCGUCGGAAGACAUCCUCGCAAGAAUGUCGGCCACGAACUUCAUGAGCAUGGUUGGCCUGCUGAAGGCGGGAACCAUAAAUCUGACCGGUUCCGGCGACAGUAAAAAUGUAUCUUUACCAACCGCAGUCAUUGGUCAGUGCCACUCGGACUUUGGAACCAGCUGUGAGAGCUCAACCACAAGCAUUGCUUCUUCGCUUGUGUCUCUCGUAGAGUGCCUUGUGGACAACGCUAUUGCCGGUUCUUCAGGAGACAAGACCAUGACCCUCGUCUGUGACCUUAUUGCCCGUACCGACAUGGAUGCCUUAACCCGGGCUAUGCCACUACUCUGGAGUGUUUUGUUCAGCAUUAAGCCACUCUUGUGUAAAUAAUUCAACGCCGUGAAUCCAAGGUCUCGAGCCCCAACGGUCCAUAAAAAAUGGCUCGGUUAUAUUAAUAAAUUGAUGUUUUAAAGACUG